GUAAUCUCAAACUCUCAUUUUAGGAGACAAAUAAAAGUAUUUUCCAAAAAUGGCCGCUGAGUCAGAUGUUGUUAGAAUAACGUACAAGGAAUUAGAAGAUAUUGCUCAAUCAAAUGAAGAAAAAGAAGAGGAAGAAAAGAAUAGAAAGAUUAAAGAAGAAGACAAGAAGAAAAGAGACCAGGAAAAGAAAGCAAAGAGGCCAUCAAAAGGUAUCUAUAGACCACCUCACAGAGCAAUAUCAGACAAGCAAACUGAUCAUGGAAGUGAAAAAGAAUCCAGUCCAGAGAAGGUAGGGAGUAAAGCUGCAGAAACUGAGCUGUAUAUAUCAGAGGAAAACUGGGAGAAUGAACUGGUAUCUGAUUCCUCAUCAAAGGAAAACAGUGUGGAAAAAGAGCUGGCAGCAGUAAAUUCUGGUAUCCAAGACAUGAAAGUGACACCUGGUGAUCAUCAGAGGAACCGUAGAAGUGAGGAAUCGAGACGGAAAAAGAAACCAGAAAUGCCGCGCUAUGUUCCAAAAGGUCGACUGGAAAAACAGCAACAGCAGCAGCCGGUCACUGAUGCCAGCGGGGAAGGCUCUGGCGACUGGGAGGACGAUAUGUCUAGUCCAAGUCCUAACACAGUCCAUAGUCCGAGUCCCGGGCCGACAACUUCUGCUCUUCUACAUGCUCCCCAGUCACCAUCACCGAGGAAAAUAGAUCUGAAAAAUAUGCAAGUUACUGUUGUUAAUAAUAAAUCAGAUACUGGUAACAGAGUUACACCAGAGAAAAAUGUUGAGCAACCAGUCAAAACCGGUAACAGGAAUACCAGAAACAAUGAACAAGACUAUGCUAAGGGUCAAAGAGGUCACGGUCAGUCAUAUUCAAGAGGUCGGGGUCAAAGACAUAAUCAAAGGUCAAAUGUCAGACAAAAUGAUGGAAGAAAUAAUAGAGGUCUUGUUGGAAAUAGAAAUGAAACAAAAGAACAGAGGUCAAAAGUGGAUAAUCGUGAAAUUAAACAGGAAAAUGUAGCGCCAAAACAGGAUGAUAAACCAAAUGUAGACAAUAAACAAAGCAAAGAUGUGAAAAAUGAUCAAGAAUUAUAUAUAGUGCCAUCAAGACCAAGCACAAUUGGUCAGGAGGCAGACAGAAAAGAUACAGCGCCAGUUGGCAUGGAAGAAAAUAAAAACAAGAUUGACGAAAAGCCUGGCAUAAACAAACAGCAAAUUUUAGAAAGGUUCCGAAGAACACCAAAUAAAACUAAAUCACGAUCGUAUGACAAGUUGAAUCAGUCUGAGAGAUUUGAAGAUGAGGACGGGUACUACCCGGACCCACAAAAUCUCGGUACCAUGGUAUUUGAGAGAAGUCAUAGCUCCGAGCAACUUAAUCUGAGUGGACGUAAUGUUGGAAAACCGCCAAUGCCAAGGAGCAGUUCAGGAAGUGGAGCAAAGAAUGUGCCUAGAAAGCACGGGUUUUCCGGAAUGAGGAAAAGAACAGAUAGUAUAAGCAGUGAUUUGAGUACAGGUACAGGAAGUGACUGGAGCACGGAAGAACUGGACUUUGAUAAGGAAUUGGAUAGUAGCAAUAAGAUUGACUGGAAUGAGGAUUUUGAGCGAGAAUAUGCAUUUAGUACUCUGUGUGCUAGCCAGGUCCAGGGUGAAACACAGAAAAUGAACGAAUGGUUUGAGCGUCAGGAACUCGGUUUGUCCCAGGAUGAUAAUCUUUCACAGAAUGACGGGAAGGUGAACCGCUCAAAUAACGCGAAAACUGAUAUAAUGACUUCAAGUACGCCUGGUUACCUGCCGGGUUUUCCGGUUAAGUCUGAUACCUGGUCGGAGAGGUCAAGUACAUUGCCAUUACCAAAGAAGAAACAGAAAGAAGAGCCACGAGGGAGAACGGAUCGUAGACGAGGUUCUCUUGGUACAUUUUGUUGUUACUUAAAAAGUGUAGUCAGCUUAUCAGUUUUAGAAGCCGAGAUUCCCGUGUUCGGGCCCAUAUUUUACAGAGUGUCAAGCGUACAAAGUCUUACAGUGGAGCCCGGGCGCCCUAGAAGAAGACGGAGGCAAAAUUUUGACAAGUUAUCCAGAGACAGGGAUUAUAGGCAUGAGGAUGAAGAAAAAACAAAUGAACAACAACCUCAUGGAGGUGGAAUCUUACAUAUCCCACCUCAACCAAAAGAGCCGGAAACCAUUUCUCAUCCAGCUCCACACCACAACAAAGCUGGUCCACAUCAACACCAAGGCUGGGGGCGGGGACAUACCCCAGAAAGGGGAGGGUCCCAUGCAAGAGAAAGACAGCAUUCAGGGUCUAGUCAUAGGCAGAAAACUUUAUUUGAUCCCAACAAUCCAAGUAAACCAAUAGUAAUUGAAGAAGCUAAACCCAAACUGGAUUUUAAAGACACAGAUUCAUACCCCUCAUCACCCCAGUCACCUCAAUACAUGGGUUCAGCCCCCCCUUAUAUGGGAUAUGGGCCGGGCCCAGGACAGUUUUAUCCUCCUGGUUAUGGCUAUGGAUAUAAUAUGCCCCAAAUGAUGCCGCCUCACCCAGGAAUGCUUGACCCAUAUGGGUACCAUGCCCAGCAAGGUGCUUACAGGGAAUCGUCUCCAUAUCAGGAAGAUCCUUAUUAUCAGGGAGGUAUGGACAUAGAACAACAGAUGGCGACAGGCCGCAGCAGAUCUCAGUGUCGUAUGAUGGCGGAACAGUUACUGCGAGAAGCUAUACCACUAGAUAAACAACUCAAUAGUCUUAUAUCUAGACGUAUAGGUGGGGAAGACACAAUACACAUGAUCAAUAAUUUAAGGUAUGAUCUUAUAUUAGAUUUUCUGUUUCUAAGAAAAUGUCGAGCUAUUAUAAUUGCUAAAGUUUUACUUUUAGGGAAAAUGCAAUCGACCUUCAACUUUGACCUCAGCAAGUUUUUAGACCCUCAUACAUUAUCUCCAGAGAAUCUGAGCCGCGCGAACAAAUUAGCGUUACUUAGUUGUCAGAGAACAAUGAUAUGUCUUGGUGAUAUAGCCAGAUACAAGGAGCAGAAUAAUGAUGGCGGGAAAGUUAAUUACGCAAAAGCUAGAAGUUGGUACAGCAAGGCACAACAAAUUGCUCCUAAGAAUGGCAGACCCUACAAUCAGCUGGCUAUUCUAGCUCUAUAUACAAAACACAAAUUGGAUGCAGUGUAUUAUUACAUGAGAAGUUUGGCGGCCAGUAACCCAUUUAUCACUGCUAGAGAAAGUUUAAUGUCUUUAUUCAAUGAGGCAAGGAAGAAGGCAGAGGUCAAUGAGAAACAGCGUUUUGAGGAGAGAAAGAAACAAGAGGGUUUGAGGAAGCAUGCUAACGUUACACAACAUCGGAUGGAGAUCUGGGUGAAAAAUGACGGCACAAGUAGCCAGUCGAAAGUUGAUGAUAAUUAUGAUGAAGAUCUGUCCAAACUGGACACUGUACAGUUAAACAAGAGAUUUGUUCUCAGUUUCCUAAAUGUACAUGGAAAACUCUUUACAAAAAUUGGAAUGGAGAUAUUUCCUGACAGUUGUGGUCAAAUGUUACAUGAGUUUAAAGCACUACUCAAAGUGAAUGCAAUAGGACCACAGCGUCUUCUACAACUGAUGGCAAUAAAUAUGUUUGCUAUAGAAAACACAGCUUUAAAAGAUGAGUCACUAGAAUCAACAUGUAGAUCUCUGUUACAACAACAUUCUGUACAAAUGGGGUUGGAUAUGUUUGGUAUUCUAGUCCAGAGAUGUGCCCAGUUGUUAGCGGUGCACACCAAGUCUAGUGACUACCCUGGCCGGAUGUUCAGUCGAGAACUGGAAGAACUGAUUCCUGGCAUCAAGGUUUGGACUAAUUGGAUGAUUUGCCAUGCAGAUCUAUGGAACCCCCCUCCACAAGUCAGGGAUCCAGCCCUUGGGCCUGAUAUAGAUGUCUGGGUGUGUACAUCAACCUUGUGCAAUAUAUUGAAAGAGAUGGACACAUCUAUAAUCAAGUUUUAUACAGAAAAAAGUGAAGGACUGGAAGCAGUGAUUUUAUCAGAGGAUAUAAUGAUGUCUGGAUUUGUGCCACUGUUAACAACACCCCUCACCAGCACGUUUGUGGAGGACACUGUUGACAAGGACAUGGCCAGAGAUUGUCUGCGAGUAGAGAAGUUGCGUGUGUUUGGAGAGUACCUAUGUGGAGUGGAGCCUCCAAUGUUAGCAUACAGUGCUGAGACAAAGAAGUAUUACAGUGUGGCGCCAUCUGAUGGCUACGAGAAUGACGAGCCUCGAGGGGACGAUCAAGAUGAGGCUGAAUUGUCAGAGGAAGAAGAUGUUGUUAUAGAGGAUGAAGAGAUUAUACAUAUGGAGGAGGCAGGUGAUCAGCAUGUACAACAUCUAAAGGCAAGGAAAGAAGAGCUGGAAAAGAGAAUGGAAGAAAAGAAAAGAUUACAUGAACAUAGAAAGAAAGUGAUAGAGACAAAUCGUCACAGCUGUAUAGAGAUAGAAAUUCGUCCAAUAUUCCUCAUUCCUGAUACAAAUUGCUUCAUUGACCAUCUACCUAGUAUCAACAAACUCAUCUCAGACAGACAGUACACCAUAGUUAUACCUCUUGUUGUCAUCAACGAACUAGACGGCCUAGCUCAGGGUCAGAGGAUGAAAGGCCAGUAUGAUAAUGAAGAUCAUGCGAACAAAGUUAAACAUCGUGCUGCUAACACUAUAGAAAUGCUGGAGAAAGAAUUUGAAAAGAAAAAUUCCCACCUGAAAGCGCUAACUUCAAAAGGCACUGUCAUGGAAACCAUAUCAUUCCGUAGUGAGGAAACUGAUUCUAGUGGAAACAAUGAUGAUCUCAUAUUAUCCUGCUGUACCUAUUACUGUAAAGAUAUAGCCAGGGAUUACAUGCCCAAAGAUAAAGAUGCUCCAGUACGCCUUCACAGGGAAGUUGUGUUGCUCACCGAGGACCGCAACCUGCGACUGAAAGCUCACACGCAUAAUGUGCCCGUAAAAGAUUUACCAGCCUUUAUGAAGUGGAGCUCCGCCACAUGAUUCUUAUAACCAUGAAACAAUAUGGCCACUUUCUACCCAGCCUCCCUUGUGAGCUGAUAUUCCAAUAGAGUUAUUCCCCUUUGUGUGUGUACUCUCAACAGAAGGAAAACAGAUUGAUACUGUGAUGAUUCUUGGAGAUCUGUGAAAAACUUCUUCUGCUUGAUGUUACUAUUUAUAGAACUAUUGAGACAUAGAAAAGUUUGCAUGAAAAUGAAGGUUUUUGAGCGUGAGAAAAUUAAUAAAUUGUUCUGUUAGAGGAAGAUCGAUUGAUACUGAUUUGCUCUUUGUAAGACUAUUUCUUUUGUAUUUAUUACAUGACAGACAGAAAAAAAUAUGUGAUAUGUUUAUAUGGAAAUGAUGGGGUUAAUAUAAUAUGUGUUAAAGGUUGCGCUGGAAACAGAUGAAAAAGAAAUUUGCUUUUAAAACAAACUUUUAAUCAUACUUGAUUACCCUAAUUGCAUCUUUUAAUAAAUAAUUAAUUUUAUCUUUUAAUCAAAUACAUUGUAUACUUUAUCUAUUUUCUGAUGUUCAGUAUUUUUCAACAGUGUCUUAGGCACAAACAAGGCAGAAACAGUUUAAGCAUAAUUUCAAUUUAUGAUGUUAUUAAGAUUUUCUUUUAUAAGUGAUACGGUGCACGAAAUUACCAAGCAAAAGAAAUAUAUAGCCUUUAAUUAUAGAAAACUAAUACAUGUGUGUGCCUCUAGUUCUGUGAACUUUUUUAUAUUGUCACAAGUGAAAUCUGACCAGCUUUGUGUUUAUUUUAACAUCGUUCAAUAUCGUAGCAAAUCAUUUAUUUCCGGAAUGUUAUUUUUUCAAAAUCUUUGGCGUAAGAUUAUUUACAAUCAUUCAUCCUUUAUCGCUGUAUACUAAAUUCUGGUAAUAAACAGUUAAAGAUUAUUGAAUACUGAGGAUUUUUGUGAAAAAUAUUGUUCCACAAAUGACCGAUUUAUUACGAUAUUGGCCGAUUUUAGAAAUUUUUUGUCGGGAAAGCUUUGCAGUAAGACUACGUUAAAAAUAUGUCUAUAUGAAAAAGUCUAUUGCUCUUGCUUUGAUGGGUACUAUGUUUAUUACUCAUUUAACACUUAACCUAAAAAACUUUAAUGUUAUACGUAUAACAUGUGACUAGUCCAGCUUCUAUUAUUAUUUAGUUCCAACAGGUUUAUAGUUAAGUGCAACUUUUUUUUGCAUCCUCGCAGUACAAUUUUUGGCAGGUUUUAAGAGACUGAUAAGAGAUAAUAUAAGCAUGAAAGAGUUUCCAAGUCAUUUUGUUUGAAAUAGUUUCAGAUUUUAUUGAUAAGUAAUAUUUGUUCUUGUUGUAAUUUGCAGUCAUCAUUGAAAUUGUUAAUGCAAGUUUAUUUUAUGGCCAAAGGUUGGUUAAAGUAUUAGAAAUGUAUUGUUAUUGAAUAAACUGUGAUUCUUUGCAAGUUUGUGUGCAGGUAAAAAUUUCAAAUUUUAUUACAGAGAGAGAGUGAAGAACCAACUAACUUUUACAGUCCUCGAAAUUUAUUUGAUUUAGACAAGUUUGCCAGGACUGUAUUUCAGUGCCACUGUUUCUUAUAGUACUUUCAAUUAUUAAUUGAUGUUUACAUGAUCCCAAAAGCUGAGUAUUUAAGGUUG